AUGUCCCAACCCCACGACUUACCGCCAAGUUAUGAUGCAUCACAACAAUCCUGGGGGAUCUCCGGUACCCAGCCACAGACUGCAGCCUCAGGCCAUCCACCUCCAUAUCACAACUGGCAAGAAGCAGUCCCAGACACAGCCACAUUUCCACCACCCCCAAUCACCGGCUAUCUAAUUUCAGGCACGGGGAACGCCUCGGAAGACGACGCCCAGCGCGCCCAUGAUUUCUGUGACUCCGUGCCCCUCUGGCUCCCAGCUCAGCCCUCAACUGCAGUCUAUCAUGACGUGCAGACUUACGACCUUCGACCCGUGCAGCCAGCCGAGCUGCGUGGUCAUGUCUCGGCCGUUGCACGUGGUCGCUGGUGUGGACACAGUGCUGAUGGGAAUGCGGAUUGUGUCAUUCUUACCCAGUUGCCCAUGUACUUCCCGGCUGCGGACUCGCCGUUUGUGCGUGAGCAGAAGAAAACCAUCUACUUUGAGGUGAAAUUAUUAGCCCUGAGGGCGGGACCGACACCCCAGGAUUGUAGUGGGCUUUCCAUUGGGUUUGCUGCCCAGCCUUAUCCGUCAUGGAGAUCACCUGGUUGGGAGAGAGGUGGGUUGGGAGUGUUCUCGGAUGAUGGAUGUCGAUUUGUGAAUGAUUCAUUUGGGGGUCGGGAUUUUACUACGGCGUUUAAGGUAGGUGAGACGGUUGGGUUGGGGAUGGAGUUUGAGCUGCCGGAGAAUAUCUACAGUGGAGACGAGAAGAGCAAGAGAUGCAAGGUGCAUAUCUUCUUCACGCGGAAUGGAUGCCGAUCUGGGGGUUGGGAUCUGCAUGAGGAGGUCGAUGCGGAUUCUGGAGGUGUUGAAGGCUUGGAAGGGGACUAUGACCUCUAUGGGGCGAUUGGGUUGUUCGGUGGCGUCGAUUUCGAGUCUUGUUUUGACCCUGCAGGCUGGCUAUGGAAGCCGGAAUGA